GGCAUCGCUAUCCACCCCAAGCGCCGGAUUAGGGAGCCUACUCAAUGCACACCCGCAUCCUCGCUUUUCCAAGAAGGUCGAUGGGAGGGGCGGUGAGUCCCUCACUGGUGGGCCCCUGCUUAGAGGCCAAAUGGUGCUGUGUGGAACUGCUGCUGUUGCUGCUGGCUGGAGAGCUACCUCUGGGUGGUGGUUGUCCACGAGACUGUGUGUGCUACCCCGCACCCAUGACUGUCAGCUGCCAGGCACACAACUUCGCCGCCAUCCCAGAAGGCAUCCCAGAGGACAGCGAGCGCAUCUUCCUGCAGAACAAUCGCAUCACCUUCCUCCAGCAGGGCCACUUCAGCCCCGCCAUGGUCACCCUCUGGAUCUACUCCAACAACAUAACUUUCAUUGCCCCCAACACCUUCGAGGGCUUUGUGCAUCUGGAGGAGCUAGACCUUGGAGACAACCGACAGCUGCGAACGCUGGCACCCGAGACCUUCCAAGGCCUGGUGAAGCUUCAUGCCCUCUACCUCUAUAAGUGUGGACUGAGCGCCCUGCCCGCGGGCAUCUUUGGUGGCUUGCACAGCCUGCAGUAUCUCUACUUGCAGGACAACCAUAUUGAGUACCUCCAAGAUGACAUCUUUGUGGACCUGGUCAACCUCAGUCACUUGUUUCUCCAUGGCAACAAGCUAUGGAGCCUGGGCCAGGGCAUUUUCCGGGGCCUGGUGAACCUGGACCGGUUGCUACUGCAUGAGAACCAGCUACAGUGGGUUCACUACAAGGCUUUCCAUGACCUCCACAGGCUAACCACCCUCUUUCUCUUCAACAACAGCCUCACCGAGCUGCAGGGUGACUGUCUGGCCCCCCUGUUGGCCUUGGAGUUCCUUCGCCUCAAUGGGAAUGCUUGGGACUGUGGCUGCCGGGCACGUUCCCUGUGGGAAUGGCUGCGAAGGUUCCGUGGCUCUAGCUCUGCUGUCCCCUGCGCGACCCCUGAGCUGCGGCAAGGCCAGGACCUGAAGCUGCUGAGGGUAGAGGACUUCCGGAACUGCACAGGACCAGCGUCUCCUCACCAGAUCAAGUCUCACACGCUUACCACCUCUGACAGGGCUGCCCGCAAAGAGCACCAUCCAUCCCACGGGGCCUCCAGGGACAAAGGCCACCCACAUGGCCAUCCGCCUGGCUCCAGGUCAGGUUACAAGAAGUCAGGCAAGAACUGCACCAGCCACAGGAACCGGAACCAGAUCUCUAAGGCGAGCUCUGGGAACGAGCUUACUGAACUGCAGGACUAUGCCCCUGACUAUCAGCACAAGUUCAGCUUUGACAUCAUGCCCACUGCGCGACCCAAGAGGAAGGGCAAGUGUGCUCGCAGGACCCCCAUCCGUGCCCCCAGUGGGGUGCAGCAGGCCUCCUCAGGCACAGCCCUUGGGGCCUCACUCCUGGCCUGGAUACUGGGGCUGGCGGUCACUCUCCGCUGAGGACCCAGGGCUCCGUCACCCAGCACUGCCACGUGUCCAGCAAGGAACAGAAUCUUUUCUUCUUUUCUUUCUUCUUUUUUUUUUUUUUUUUUUUUCUAAAUGGAAGAUCUGCUGGGUUUCAGGAAAAGGCUGCUGAAGCCUUCAGCCACAGUCUGGACCCUUCCUGGUGGAUUAUAAGCCCAAAGUGUACAGCUGUAGACAGGAAGGGUAUCACAUCUCACUGGGCUGUCCUGACCGAGCGCCUCGGGACCGUAUCCACUCCAGCACAGUGGUCAAAGGCACGCAAAGUGAGUCAUUAGUGGUGUCGGGACAUGCGCCCCUUGAAGAAGCUGGGCUCUGUGGAAGCCUGGUCAUUUGGAGAGAAGGGCUGAAGGACCCUGCUGGUUUUGGAAGGAGCAGGAUUCAGAACAAGGCUCUCCCAGAGCCAGCUGGGGCAACCAGCAAUCUCAGAGCACUCUUGGCUCUUGCCUGAGAUCACUUAGUUAACCUGCCCUGUCCAACCCUAUGCCAUCCUCAGUCCCUACCCAUGGGGGUAAUGCCUCUCAUUCCUGACGUCUCAGGCAGCCCUGGCAGACCUGCUGGGGUCCAAGAACCAAUCACCAAAGGAGAGAUCGACAGAGGAUGACAUUCAGAACUUUACUCGCAAUGAGAGUCACACAGAAGGUGCAGUUUUAUACCUAUGUCCACUUAUAUAUAUUCUCACUCUGCCCACACACCCACAUAAUAUAUAUAUAUAUAUAUAUAUAAAUAUAUAAAUGCACAGGUCCCCCAACCCACUCCUUACCAAACUGUAUGUCUUAUCAUGUUUAUAAACUAUAUGGGAACC